AUGGAUCGCUGUGGGGUCCUCCUCCUCUACCUCUGCCUUGGGACUUCUCAGAAUGGGAGAGCAGGUAAGGGACUCUCCUGCACUGGCCACAAUAUCAGCAAGCAUAUCCAUGACCUGGAGGAGGUCCUGCUGAAAGCCAGCUUCAAGGGCAAAAACCUGACUCAGGAGACGUCUUCAGGCAACAUCAUGUCUCUGGCCUUCAAGCUGGACCAUGACUUCACUGGUCUCCACCUGAACAGCACCAUUCUAAAGCAGGACCCUCAGGUCAGGCCUUCCCACUUCAUGCACUUCCCAGGCGAGUUGCGAAGGAAGGCCUGCCCUACUUGCCACAGCGAGCUGCGUCUCAUCUGCAUCUACUUCUUUACCUCCUUCUUUUUCCAGGAUAUCACCAAUGCAUCUCUGCUUAAUAACUACGUCUUUGGGGCCCAGCUGGACCACUACCAUGUGAGCAACCUCAGCGAGCCGAUCAAUAUCAGCUUCUGGCACAACCAAAGCCUGGAAAACCACAAGCUGACCUGUGUUUUCUGGAAGGAGGACAACAGCACUCAUCACUGCGGGACCUGGAGCCCCGAGGGCUGCGACACAGAACAGCGGUCCCCUGACCAGGUGAUUUGCCACUGCAACCACCUCAGCUAUUUUGCUGUUCUCAUGCAACUCACCUCAGCACCGCUCCCUCCUGAGUUGUUGGCGCCGCUCAUAUAUAUAUCCUAUGUGGGCUGCAGCAUCUCCAUAGUGAGCUCCUUACUCACCAUUCUGCUGCACGUGUACACCAGAAAGCCCAGCGAUUUUACGACACAUAUCCAUAUGAACCUGGAUGUCUCCGUGCUGCUCCUGAAUGUCACCUUCCUGCUGAGCUCUGUGCUGGCCAUGCCCUCCAGACCCGAGUCAGCAUGCAUGAUGCUGGCUGCCACCCUGCACUACACACUGCUAAGCUGCCUCACCUGGAUGGCCAUUGAAGGCUUCAACCUCUACCUUCUCCUUUUGCGUGUCUACAACAUCUACAUUCACCGAUAUGUACUCAAGCUCUGUGCAGUGGGCUGGGGGGUCCCAGCCAUCCCGGUGCUGUUCAUCCUUGCUGUCAAUAGAUCAGCGUAUGGACUUCAUGAGAUACCAAUCUCUCAAAGCCAGGAAAACAGCACGGGCCUCCAGAACAUAUCCAUGUGCUGGGUGACGAACUCCACAGUGCACAGUGUUCUGGUCAUGGGCUAUGGUGGCUUCACAUGUCUUUUCAACCUGGUGGUUCUGGUCUGGGCCCUGCUGGCCAUUCGAAGGCUUCGGAUGAAGAAGAAGGCGCCGGGCACCCGGCCCUGUAGGGACAUCAUCACUGUGCUGGGCCUCACCGUGCUGCUGGGCACCACCUGGGCCCUGGCCUUCUUUUCCUUUGGCAUCUUCCUGCGGGCUCAGGUCUUCCUCUUCACCAUCUUGAAUUCCUUCUACGGCUUCUUCCUCUUCCUGUGGUUCUGCUUCCAGAGGUGCCGCUUGCCGGCACAGACGAGAACAUCCAGUGAACCCUUAGGCUCCACCCAGAUGACGCAGUAG